AAGUCAUUGCAGAGCAACCAAACCAAAAUGAGAAAAGAACAAAGACUUCUCCAUGUCCCCACAGGUGACACUUGUGGAAACAUCCCAGACUCAGGAGAGAUGAGACUGUUUCAGUAGUGGAGGAGCUGCAGAAUCACAGAGCAGAGGGGCACAAUGUGGCCCUAUGAGAAGAACUGAGCAGAAAUGCACUCACUCUGGUGUCCUGUCCCUGCAGAGGGGUGGAAAGGUGGCUGUGGGUGGAGGGGGAUGUUUCCAUCGGGAGACCUGGGUAUGGUGCAAUCCUGUGGUGCAGGCAGGGCCCAUUCCCAUGGGCCAGCUUGACUGAAGGGAGGUCAUGUAUGGAGCUUUCCUAUAUAUCCUGAAGGAGUCAUAGUGAGGUGAGUGUCCCAAAAUUAACAUGGAUUGGCACCCAGCCUGGUCCCAGACUCUGUCCCCAAAUGCUCACAAACUCCAGAUUUUAAAAGGUACCUCAGAAUAGAUCCUCCUGUACAAGGAAGAGUUGGGACAUGGGUCAGUGCUGAUGUUUUCAGGACUGUUGCCCUUUCCCAUCUGUUUAGGAUGGGAACUCUGGCAUGUUCAUGGCCACCUGGAGCCUCUUACUUGAUCCGUCCAACUCAGAGGCACAGUUCCAGAUCUGGUAAAUCCCGAAAACCUUAGUUACCUUUUGAUAUUUGGGCAGCAUGGGAGAUAUUCCCCUUCUCUGGCAUUUCCCCUGUCCCCCUGGGCCACAGCUUGUCCAAUUCUGGCAUCCAGCCAUGUCAUACACCCAUUUCCCCUACACAGAAACCCUUAACCACGCUCAUGGACUGGGUCCAAACUUGAGUGACUAGUUGUUCAGGACCACAGCCUCAACUUCCCACUGCCCCAUCCUUUUCUCCUGCCCCUGAUCUUGAAGAUCAAACAUAUAACCCUCUGUCAGCUCAUCCCUCUCCCUCAGGUCUGCCUCCCUGUGCUAUCAUAGAAAAAAGAAAUCACACCUGUUCCCCUGACCCUCCCCAUUCCCACAACCUUGUGACAUACAUCAGGUGUCUGUGGCCUCCUGAGUUGUGCAUGAGUCUUCAGGACACCACUGUGAGGUCAAGAGGAGGAAGUUCUGCAGGUUCUCCAGACUCUGCUGCUACCAGUUCCCUUCCCCAGUGAGACCAGGGUCUAAGGGGCAGUGCCCAGAGGCUAAGAUUCUGAGGGAGGUUCCCAGUGUUUUGAAAACUCUUUUAAGAAAAUGGUUUUUCUCACCCACAUGUUCUUGGUAUCAGGACAUGUUAGGGCUAAGAAGCCUGAGGGGUAGAGGGGGAAGUAAGAGCCCAGGAUGGAAACACUGUCACACUGGACUGAUGGGAGUCCAGGGCACUGAGUACAACCCCAUCACUGGUGGAGGGCUCCAUCAGGGGCCAGGAAUCUCAGAGACAGGACUGCAGCUUGGUCUUCCCCUGCCCCAGCACUUCCACUCACUUUCCAAACACAGCCAGCUGCUCUACUGAGCUCCAAAAGGAAGCUCUCAUUCUGUUGGAAGUUGUGAACAGAAUGUACCCUUGACCUGGAACACUCUCCUCCCCUCUUCCCAACACAUACCUUUGUUCGUUCAGCAACCAUGCUACCCAGAAUUGACUGGGCAGGAAAAUAACAUUUGAGCAGGGAGGAAGCCUUUCAUCCUGCUUGCAUUCUGGCCCUCAUUGAAAUUUCAUCUGUGGCUAUUCACAAUCAGGUCCCCACAUCAGCUGCCAAGUUGCCUGGAAUCCUGCACAAACAAGGGUGAAUACAAAUCCUAUUAUGUCCACAAUACUAACAUUAGCUUCUGGGUGUUUGUCCUGGACAGUCUCUUUCUGCCUGCACAUGGUGGCCAGGUUCCCAGGAGGAGAGGGCAGGAGUGUUCUGUGCCUCCUGAAGCUCCCAGGCCUGGUCACCAUUCUUUCAGGUCAGAGCAUUAUGGAGUCAAGGAGUGGGUUCCCUGAAACAGGGAGAAAACAGGAACCUCAGACUGUUGUACUCUACUAGAUAAGCCAGUUUUGGCCAUGAGACCUGAAAUAAAAUGUGCAAAUCCAAAGGUGGUUGUGCAGACAGCUUGGGUGUUACAAGGAAUGGGGAGAAGGAGCAGUGGCAAAAAAUGCCUGCUGGAGUAUAAGCAUCCUCUUGGGUAGGUGGCAAUGUUCAAGGACUUGAUAAAGACGGUGGCAGCACAACAUUGAGAAUGAACCAAAUGGCACAGCUUUGAUACCUUAACUAGGUUAAUUUUAUGUAGAUUUCAUCUAAAAAUUUAGAAGAAAAUAGUUUAGAUGAUUCUAAAAGCAUUUAAAUGGACACAGAGAAUAGAUGUCAAGGGGUUUUCUUAGGGAGGGGGGCUGCUGUGAAUGGUGCUGGUGGGUCCUGCCACUUUGACCCAAGUUUUACCAAUUAGGGACAGGGUUGAGAGCAUUUCUAAAGAAAAUGCUCACAAAAAGAUUAGAGGACUACUCUUCCUCUCUCUCUCUCUCUCUCUCUCUCUUUCUCUCUCUCUCUCUCUCUGUGUGUGUGUGUGUGUGUGUGUGUGUGUGUGUGUGUGUGAUUUUAUUAUUAGCUGCCGGGUAUUGAACUCAAUGACUCAUACACACCAAGCUAGACCUCUAGUAUUGAAUUACACUCCAGCCUCCCCAAACUCCUGUUUUAAUGUCUAGCCAUGCAGAAUGCAGCCUUUUAAUUUUUUUUUUCCCCUUGGUCGUUACCCUGGCUCUGAGAGCAGUGAGACUCCUGGGUCAUGCCACCUGGCCUCUGGAGCUAAAGACAAAGUCUACAGAGGUAAAAUUUCUCUUUCUCAAUACCAAGCCCAAACUACAACACCACCACUAUCAACUUGCUGAGUAUUGUGUAUGAAUGGUCUGCAUGUUCCUUUCUAGAAGAUCCUCAAGAAGUGAAAUGAAGGUUAUACUAGGUAGCUCCCAGGGCUGGGUUUUUCAUUUUCCCUGUUCCCUUACAUAGGAUUUUUUGGCAGCUACUCACUGUCACAAGCAAGAUGUGGCUCAUAAGAGCUUUUGCUUCCAGGCCACACACAAGCCCCUUAUUGAUUCAUGCUGACAUGAUCUGCAGCAAAUGCCCAAUUCCAGCCAGCUUUCCAGGAGGCUCUGGGACUCCUCCUAUAACAGUAAUGACAAUGAACUUUAACUGGGAAGUCUUUGAACUGGAUGAUAUUUCACAAAUGAUCAGGUUUGACAGUUUGGACCUCUUGGCUCACAGACACAUUUGAAGAAGUAGCCUCAAAAAUAAACCCAGAAAGUUGGCUCAGCCAAACCAGGAGAAGAAAUUCUGCCUUGAAGUGAGAUGGCCCACAGCUUCCUUAAAGCACAACCAUAAAGCUGAGGGCUCAGGAAAAUCUGUCCCUGUAUUGAUCUCUGAGGCUGCCCUCCACUCAAGUGCAGGACCUUUGCAAACCCCUACUGCACUUGGGAAUGCCCACACUGAUCAUGGCUGCCCCACCUCAACCCCAAAACUCUGCCUGUCUUCAUCUCCAUUUCUCCUUCAACUCCAAACAGAAGUAGGAAGCAAGGUCAUCCAGGUCUGAACAGACAUGGUGUUUGUGCCAGUUGUGGAGUUGGCAGGGAAACUCCCUCCCAUAUAAUUCAUUCUGGGGGUUCCCUUGGUUAUUGGCUAUAACCUCCCACCCAGGAGCACUGAGGCCCUGGAUUGGACUAAAAGGAGGAAAGAAGGACAAACACUGCAAUCUGUUCUCAUUGCACAGCAUAUGAAUGUGUUUAAUGUCUCUGGUCUGGGCAAUUAAAAAUGCCACCAAUGGAAAAUGGAAUGCUCUCUACAUUCUAUACCAAUGAUACAAGGACACAUCUUACUGACGAUGCUGCUGUCAUAGUUUAAGCUCUACAGAGGAUGGUAUGUGUCGAGAACAAGAAAGUAGCCUGAGAAAGUGAAGUCAAUGCUCAUCGACCAAAUGUGUGGUACUGUGCUACACAGGGGUGACAGUGGCAACCAGCUCCAGGUCUGUUAGUAAUCUGUGGCCUCCAUGGAGUCAGUGCAACUUCAUGGAGAUCAAGGUCCAAUUUGACUCUUUAACUUGGAAAAUAUAUUUGCUUCAGGAAACCAAUGAGAAAACAGUGGAAAACCCACUCAAUGUUCAGAGAUGAUAAACUUAUAACAUGCUCUCUGGUUUCCCCCUAAUUCUUUCCCGAACACCCCUCAUCUCCACCAUCCACUUCUUGCUCCUGUGUAUCCCAUAAUAAGCACAACUAGAGACAGUGCAGAGUGGAGCCCAGAAUAUGCAUGGAUACAGAAUAUUGGGAUUUCUCUUCUUCACAGGCCACUUCACUUAUGCACAGUGUUGACGACUCAUCCUCAACCACUGUAUCCUGCAGGGCACCCAGUUUCCUGUCUAUGUUUAUAGGCAGUUUUCAGUGACAUGAACCAUCAGGACCUGGGCUCACAGUGUUCCUGCAUCUGCAUUGAAGUGUUGAUUCCUUGGGCUCAAAGGGCAGCCAAAGAUGGAUUUUACCUGGACCAGGAAAGUUUGGGCAGGAAGAAGCAGAACUGUGAAGUACAUUGUUGCUGAGUCAGGGAACCUGAAUACUUGCCCAGGGUGAGAGAUCCCAGGGUGAGAGGCGCAGUGCCCAGGUUGCUAGCCUGUAUGUGCAGUGGAUCAGAGUUGGCCUCAGAGAGGGUCAAGUGGGCUGGAUGAGAGUUAGUAUGGCUUUAAGGAAAUAGAAAAUAGAAGGCAGUUCUCCCACAAGAGGCAGAACACUCAGCUGUUCCAGAUCCUGCUUCCCUGUAAAUCUGGUGUUUAAAACAGUGAGUGGACUUGGACUCGUCUCCAACAUGAAACAGUUGUGACCUUGAGGUUUAUGAUUAACAAGUGUCCAGAAGCCAACCAAUAAUGUGGACAACCAGAUCUCUUCCCAGAAGUAGGGAGGGUAGUAGACAGUCUCUCCUGGGUGCCGGUCACAGUCUGGACUGAGGCUACUCUGGAACCUUGUGUCUCUGUGGUAGCAGGUGAGAGGAUGCAGGUACAAUGACAGGGCUUUCCGAACAGGUCUAAGAGUUUCCAGGAAGGUGUGCAGGCAGGUCUAGCUGCCUCUCCUGGACCUUGAGAUUGCAGACACAGAAGUCUCCCCCAUGGCUUCUUAUCACAUCCGCAAAUACCAGGAGAGUGACAACGACAGUGUUCUGGCAUUGUUCUCCAGUGGGUUGACUGAGCACAUCCCUGCCACAUUCCGCCACAUGCUGAUGCUGCCCCGAAUGCUCUUGUUCUUACUUGGAGUGCCCCUCACUGUACUGCUAGUCACUAGCUCCUGGCUCCUGACCAUAAUGUCCAGCUUUACCCUACUUGUUUUCCUGAGGCUGCUUGCUGCUUUUCCCUGGAAGGUUCAUGAAGCUCUAUGUUUGCGCACAGACCUGGCUGACAUCACCAAGAACUACAUGAGUGAGUGUGGCUCCUGCUACUGGGUGGCUGAGUCUGAGGGACAGGUGGUGGGCACAGUGAGUGCUCUCCCAGUAGCAGACCCUCCCUUAGGGAAGAAACAAUUGCAGCUGCUACACCUCUCAGUGGCCAAGGAGCACCGUGGUAAGGGGAUCGCAAAAGCCCUUGUCAGGACUCUCAUCCAGUUUGCCCGGGUUCAGGGCUACAAUGAAGUUUUCAUUGAGACUACCACAAUGCAUUACAGUGCCCUGGCACUCUACCAGGCUAUAGGCUUCCAGAAGAAAAGCCAGAUUUACUACAGCAUGAUUUGGAGGAUACUGGAUGUUCCUAAAGUUGAUUUAACGUACCACCUUCCUUCUGCUCAGGAAGAGGGACUGUGAUCUAUUUCCCUGUGUAUCAGUAAGAAUCUGGACCUGUCUUCUCUAGUAACAACCAACCCCUGAUAUUUAAGUGGUAUAAACAAUAAAAGCUCAUUGUUCUUGCA